CCUAUCAUCCAUCCAUCCAUCGCUCACCACCUACCUAGGCCUUUUAAAAUCAAGCUUUCCCUGUCUCGAACCAAACGGGUUGAUUUCCCCCACUUUGUUGAAUUAGAAUUAUGAUAUUCUACUCGUAGUUCUAUUUCUUGUGUACCUACUUGCCUACAUUUCUCACACAACCUUCUUUCUUCUUUUGAUAUCUAGAACAUCGAAACGACAUCCUUAUAAUCAUAAAUAUCAUCAAAUCAGAUUCAAUCACAAGCUCAUCCAUAAGAUUUCAUCCUCCGUUUUGAAUUGUACCUGCUUCUUACUUUGGCUUGGCGGUUCGACCCUUUUUCUCAAGCGAUUGAUUGAAUAAUCUAUUUUAUAAGCUUUCCGAGAAUUUUGAGCCGGUCUUGAAGUCCGGUGUUUCCCUCAACCACAAAAUCCUCAACCCACUUUCCUCAAAGAACCCCCAAAAGCCCACCUUUCCAACUUUUCAAGGCUCGCACAAUCCACGAAACUUCUACAAACAUUCAGGCGAUUGUCAAUGGCCUGCGAUAACCGUUAGCUGUUGUGUCACUGGCGUGCUGCGUGGGAUCUUUCCCCGCACACCGGGACACGAGAUUGCAAGAAAAGAACGGCGACAACAAGUGAAGGCCUUCCAAACCCAUCGGCGGCUUUCGUCUCGGCGAGAUUCACUUCUGCCUGCCUCUGGCUGAAGUAGCAGAAGCUAUUAGAUAUUUGCGCCAACAACAAUUACAAUGUCACAUGAACGCAGCACGCCAUCAUCAUCGGGAUCCGAGGAUUUUGCGUCCUCUCAACCUACCACCCAACAAUUCACAUCGAGUUUAACGUUUGGAGGAGGAGAUUCACCUAUCACUAGAUUGGAGAGAGUAGCUAGAACAAGGGCGGAAUGGGAAUUCAAUGCAUUUGCGGGGGCGGUCGGUGGUUUUACUUCUGGAGUUGUCACUUGUCCACUAGAUGUUAUUAAGACGAAACUACAAGCACAAGGGGGGUUCAGAGCCGCACAAGGACUAGGGUCACUACCUGCGGGACAAGCGGUAUAUAAUGGUUUACUUGGAACUGGAAGGGUGAUAUGGCGGGAAGAGGGGCUGAAAGGAUUGUAUCGAGGCCUUGGUCCAAUUAUCCUUGGUUAUCUACCUACAUGGGCAGUUUGGUUUACGGUCUAUGGUAGAUCAAAACAGUUCUUUGCACCUCACACCGAUAAUACAGUAGUGGUCAAUUUUUGGUCCUCAAUAAUCGCUGGAGCUUCAUCGACAAUGGUUACCAAUCCUAUCUGGGUUAUAAAGACACGUCUGAUGUCACAAGUUAGCCGCAAGGCAAAGAAUAACGGAGCCAGACCACCUUGGCAUUAUCGGUCAACUUUAGAUGCAGCAAAAGUGAUGUACAGGACUGAAGGAAUCCUAUCCUUUUAUUCUGGUCUGACUCCUGCACUACUUGGUUUGACACACGUGGCUGUCCAGUUUCCAGCUUAUGAAUAUCUCAAGAAGAAGUUCACAGGCAAGGGGAUGGGAGAGUCAGCAGAAGGUGAUGAAAGUGCUCAUCUAUUUGGAGUGUUAUCUGCAAGUGUGCUCAGUAAGGUCAUAGCAAGCUCUACCACCUAUCCUCACGAAGUCAUUCGGACAAGACUUCAAACUCAACAGAGAUCCAUGCCAGCUGCUUCAACAGAAUAUGGCGCAUUUAGGGGAGGUCUAGAAGGACACUCCCAUCAACACGGGGCUUCCAACCCCCUUGCUCAAAUCAAACAAGCGGUCCCGAAAUAUAGGGGAAUUGUAAUGACAUUUAAAACGAUAUUACGCGAAGAAGGAUGGAGGGCAUUUUAUGCAGGUAUGGGCACGAAUAUGAUGAGAGCGGUACCUGCGGCCACAACUACCAUGCUCACCUAUGAGUAUGUUAUGAAACAUUUAAAUCAUGCCAAGGCAGAAGGAUUACGAAAAUCGGGAGAAGAUUGGUAAAUGUUUCACAUAUUUGACUAUCCUUCUCGGCAAGAUGUAUAAACUUCAAAAAAAUAUGGCACACACCUCCAAGGUUCGAGGUAAUGAAGAAACCAAGAAACAUUUUUGCAUUUUAAAGCAUUUGAAGUUUGCGGACGUUCGGUCAUGUACUCAGCCAUUAGGUA